CAUCAUGGCGGACCCUAGAGAUAAGGUGCUUCAGGACUACCGCAAGAAGCUGCUGGAGCACAAGGAGAUCGACGGCCGUCUUAAGGAGUUAAGGGAACAAUUAAAAGAACUUACCAAGCAGUAUGAAAAGUCUGAAAAUGAUCUGAAGGCCCUACAAAGUGUUGGGCAGAUUGUGGGUGAAGUGCUUAAACAGUUAACUGAAGCAAAAUUCAUUGUUGAAGCUACCAAUGGACCAAGAUAUGUUGUGGGUUGUCGUCGACAGCUUGACAAAAGUAAGCUGAAGCCAGGAACAAGAGUUGCUUUGGAUAUGACUACACUAACUAUCAUGAGAUAUUUGCCAAGAGAGGUGGAUCCACUGGUUUAUCACAUGUCUCAUGAGGACCCUGGGAAUGUUUCUUAUUUUAAGAUGGGAGGGCUAUCAGAACAGAUCCGGGAAUUAAGAGAGGUAAUAGAAUUACCUCUUACAAACCCAGAGUUAUUUCAGCGUGUAGGAAUAAUACCUCCAAAAGGUAUGGGAAAAACACUCUUGGCACGAGCUGUUGCUAGCCAGCUGGACUGCAAUUUCUUAAAGGUUGUAUCUAGUUCUAUUGUAGACAAGUACAUUGGUGAAAGUGCUCGUUUGAUCAGAGAAAUGUUUAAUUAUGCUAGAGAUCAUCAACCAUGCAUCAUUUUUAUGGAUGAAAUAGAUGCUAUUGGUGGUCGUCGGUUUUCUGAGGGUACUUCAGCUGACAGAGAGAUUCAGAGAACGUUAAUGGAGUUACUGAAUCAACUGGAUGGAUUUGAUACUCUGCAUAGAGUUAAAAUGAUCAUGGCUACAAACAGACCAGAUACACUGGAUCCUGCUUUGCUGCGUCCAGGAAGAUUAGAUAGAAAAAUACAUAUUGAUUUGCCAAGUGAACAAGCAAGAUUAGACAUACUGAAAAUCCAUGCAGGUCCCAUUACAAAGCAUGGUGAAAUAGAUUAUGAAGCAAUUGUGAAGCUUUCAGAUGGCUUUAAUGGAGCAGACCUGAGAAAUGUUUGUACUGAAGCAGAUAUGUUUGCAAUUCGUGCUGAUCAUGAUUUUGUAGUACAGGAAGACUUCAUGAAAGCAGUCAGAAAAGUGGCUGAUUCUAAGAAGCUGGAGUCUAAAUUGGACUACAAACCUGUGUAAUUUACUGUAAGAUUUUUGAUGGCUGCAUGACAGAUGUUGGCUUAAUGUAAAAAUAAAGUUAAAGAAAAUAAUGUAUGUAUUGGCAAUGAUGUCAUUAAAAGUAUAUGAAU